AUGUUUGAUUCACCUUUGGCACAAACUCAAAAUGCACAGAACUAUGUAGACAUAAUGGUGCAGAUCCGCAAGUACACCAGUGAGCUUGAGAAUGAUACACCUACUAUUGUAGCAUUUGGUGAUCAAAGCGCUGGUAAAAGUUCUUUGAUGCAAAGAUUAACUGGUGGCAUUCCUGUACCGAAAGGUGUUGGUAGGUGCACUGCAACUCCAUUUGAAAUUAGAAUGAUGCAGACACAAGAGCCAAUUCGUAGGAUAUCUUUACGAUAUGUGGAAAAUAGCAAACGUAUAGCAACGUCUCCAAGCGAAAUCGAUUUUUGUGAUAUUCUAGAUAUGGAACAUGAAAAGAUUGAAGACAAAUUACGAGAGGCUCAGCGUUAUGUUCUAAAUCCAUCAAUAAAAGUACAAGAUAGCCCGAUAUCUGAUACAUUGGGUAAUAAAGACGAGUUGAUGUUCACGCGUAACGCUAUUUGCGUUACAAUCGGUGAUCCUAACCAAAAAUUUUCAUUGGCCAUGGUCGACCUUCCUGGAAUUAUCAGAGACAACCAGGAGAAUGAGGACUUUGUCAUUUCUCUUGUUAAAGAAUAUAUCAAUAAAGAUACGACGAUCCUUUUACCAAUAUUUCAAGCAACUGCGGAUAUAGCGACACAAAGUGCUUGGAAAUUAGCAAAAGAAGCUGAUCCUAGCGGUAAACGCACGGUUGGUGUCCUAACAAAAAUCGAUCAAAUCUCUGACGAUGAAAUUAAACAUAAAGCGUUGGCUAAUUUUGUCGAGGGUAAAGGUGAACAUCAGUUAGUUAAUGGGGUGUAUGUGGUGAGGAACCCUGCCAGCUCUAAAGAAAAUUUUGAAGAUCACGAGUCUAUUGAAAAGAAUGCACUUAGCCAUUUAAUGUUAAAUAAAAGUUGGAGAAAUGUGCCUAGUAAUAGGUUAGGAUUGAAGCAUUUAAUUGAUAAGUUGACUAUAGAAUUGGGUAAUAAAGACGAGUUGAUGUUCACGCGUAACGCUAUUUGCGUUACAAUCGGUGAUCCUAACCAAAAAUUUUCAUUGGCCAUGGUCGACCUUCCUGGAAUUAUCAGAGACAACCAGGAGAAUGAGGACUUUGUCAUUUCUCUUGUUAAAGAAUAUAUCAAUAAAGAUACGACGAUCCUUUUACCAAUAUUUCAAGCAACUGCGGAUAUAGCGACACAAAGUGCUUGGAAAUUAGCAAAAGAAGCUGAUCCUAGCGGUAAACGCACGGUUGGUGUCCUAACAAAAAUCGAUCAAAUCUCUGACGAUGAAAUUAAACAUAAAGCGUUGGCUAAUUUUGUCGAGGGUAAAGGUGAACAUCAGUUAGUUAAUGGGGUGUAUGUGGUGAGGAACCCUGCCAGCUCUAAAGAAAAUUUUGAAGAUCACGAGUCUAUUGAAAAGAAUGCACUUAGCCAUUUAAUGUUAAAUAAAAGUUGGAGAAAUGUGCCUAGUAAUAGGUUAGGAUUGAAGCAUUUAAUUGAUAAGUUGAGUGACUUGCAAAAGUUAGCCUUGGAUUUAGCAUGGCCAAAAAUUAGGCCCUUUUUACAAAAACGUAGAUCCGAGUUAGAAGCAGAACUAAGUUCAAUACCACCAGCACCAAAAGGUAACCCUAUAAUCCGAUUUAUAGAAAUAAUCGGAAUUUUCGACAAAGAAUUCACUAAUCAUGCAGACGCCAAUGAUAUCGAUCACCGUUUAUAUCGUGGACAACAGUGGAAUUUCGGAGAAUUUGAUAGAGUUUUGUUGAAUACUCGCCCUAGAUAUAACUUAUCAAUUGAUAAUCAAUUAAUGAAUCAGGAAUUUGAUCCAAUCAGACCUGGUGCACUACAAGUUCGUGGCUGGACUGAUAAACUGUUGAAUGAAAUUGGUGCUGAUGAAUGGUCUAAGGACGAGGGAUUGAUAGCCAACGAAAGCGAGUAUACCUGGGACAUGAAACAAUUAUGUGAAAAAAUGCAAGAGGCCCAAGGUGCAACGUUACAAGACCUUUUAAGAUCAUGUAAGGAGGAAACUUUAAAGCAACUUCUCGAUUUGGAAAAGAUGGAACACAUGUCAGCUAGUCGCGCAUUGUAUGUAACGGAUGAAGCAACAUUAUUAAAAAAGCAGUACAAAUAUUAUAUGGAGAUGCGAGUCUUAUCUGCCAAUAAAGAGAUAAGAGGAAAACUUACCAAAAUCAUUGAUCUAGGAGGAAAGUAUUUUGAUGCUUUUAAUAAUCGGUCUUCCACACCUACAAGCAGUGAUACUACAAAUUUUGAGAAUAUAAAAAAUGAAUUAAUCAAGGUCUUGAGUGAAAACCAAACAAAGGACGAAGUUAGUCAGCGGUUAAUUGAAGAUAUAAAAUCCUCGAAUGGAAAAACACCAUCAACAGCGACUGUUUCGAUGAUGAUCACGGCUAAAAAUAUGUUUUUAGAAAAACUCAUAAACAAAGUUCCAAAAAACUCGGACAGUAAACAAAAUUCAGAACUUUUAUCAUCCACGAUUAAUGAACAGGCUUUUCUUGCCGCUACUGGCGCACUAGCUUAUUGGAAAAUGGUGCAUUCACGCUUUCGUGAAACUGUGCCUCGAGUGGUCGAAUAUUAUUUGGUGCACAAAUUUAGUUCGCGACUCGGAACACAUUUGAGAAGAUAUUUUGGAUUUUUAACGCUCGGACGUGAAGAAUCAUCAGAUACAUUAGAAGAAAAUGACGACAUAAUACAUAGAACAUCAAAUAGAAACGACGAUUUAAGUGAUUCAGUUCCUGAUUUAGAUCAUUUGUUAGGCGAGAAUCCAGAAUUCACUGAAAAACGCGAAAAACUUGAGGAAGAAAUCAAAACUUUGAGCAUGAUAAUUGAUAAAGUCAGAAGAAUUACUACUAACACUAAUUAA